GGGAGGGAGGGAGGGUGGCGCGGCGGCGGAACGGCCCGGGCCGGCCGAGUAGCCAUGGGCACCGGGGUGCCGGGCCCCCCGAGAGCCAAGGUCCCUGGCCGGGGUGGGGGACACCCGGGCUGCCAGCCCCGCUGACACCGCCUCGGACGAUGUGAGCCGGCGCCUCCGCCGCUGCUUCGCGGGCAGGGCGCGCGGUCCCACCGGCCCCGCCGCCGUUUUCCGGAUUGGGUUUGGGUUGGGGGCGACCGGACCAGGCCGCUCGAGCUUGGAAGGGGGGCUGGCUGUCUUGGGCAGCUUGAUUGGCGGAGACGACCCACACCGGGGCUCGCAGAUUUUUUUUUCUCCUUUUUUUUUUUUUUAAGCGGCCUUAACUGUCUCUGGCAGCUUGGUUUUGGGGGAGCCUAUAAAAAGGCCUUUCGGGGUUUCUUUUCUCGCGGGGGGAGGGGGCGGUGGUUCCGACUUGGCCAGCCGCCUGUCGGAGGGGGGGAGCAGGGAGCGGGGGCAUGCGAGCCCGGCUCCCCCCAUCAUGAUGAAGACGGAGCCGCGGGGGCCCGGGGGUCCCCUCCGGAGCGCCUCCCCGCACCGCAGCGCCUACGAGGCGGGCAUCCAGGCGCUCAAGCCGCCCGACGCGCCCGGGCCCGACGAGGCCCCCAAGGCAGCCCACCACAAGAAAUAUGGCUCCAACGUCCACCGCAUCAAAAGUAUGUUCCUGCAGAUGGGCACCACGGCGGGGCCUCCGGGCGAGGCGGGGGGCGCCGCCGCCGCCGCCGGCCCCACCGAGGCCCCGCGGGCGCCCGAGCGCGGCGUGCGCCUGUCGCUGCCCAGGGCCAGCAGCCUGAACGAGAACGUGGACCACAGCGCCCUGCUCAAGCUGGGCACCAGCGUGUCCGAGCGCGUGAGCCGCUUCGACUCCAAGCCCGCGCCCUCCGCGCAGCCCGCGCCGCCGCCGCACCCGCCGUCCCGGCUGCAGGAGACGCGGAAGCUGUUCGAACGGAGCGCCCCGGCCGCGGGCGGCGACAAGGAGGCGGCGGCGCGGCGGCUGCUGCGGCAGGAGCGCGCCGGCCUGCAGGACCGGAAGCUGGACGUCGUGGUGCGCUUCAACGGCAGCACCGAGGCCCUGGACAAGCUGGACGCCGACGCCGUGUCGCCGACGGUCAGCCAGCUCAGCGCCGUCUUCGAGAAGGCCGACUCCAGGACCGGCCCCCACCGCGGGCCCGGGCCGCCCCGGGCCACGGCCGCCGGGGCGCCCCCGGUCAACUCGAAGCUGGUCAGUAAGCGGUCCCGGGUGUUCCAGCCGCCGCCGCCACCGCCCGCCCCGUCGGGGGAUGCCCCCGCCGAGAAAGAGCGCGGCCCCGCCGGGCAGCAGCCCCCGCAGCACCGAGUGGCCCCCGCCCGGCCGCCCCCCAAGCCCCGGGAGGUGCGCAAGAUCAAGCCGGUGGAGGUGGAGGAGAGCGGGGAGUCGGAGGCCGAGGCGGCGCCUGGGGAGGUGAUCCAGGCGGAGGUGACAGUCCACGCGGCCCUGGAGAAUGGCAGCACCCGGGCCGCCGCAGCCAGCCCCGCACCCGAAGAGCAGAAGGCCCCAGGGGCCCCCGAGGAAGAGGCGGCGGCCGCGGGGGCGCCUGAGCGAGGGGUGGGCCAUGGCCGGGGCCCGGAGGUGGCCCCGGAGGAGGCGGAUGAGUCCAAGAAAGAGGACUUCUCCGAGGCGGACUUGGUGGACGUGAGCGCCUACAGCGGGCUCGGGGAGGACUCCGGGGGCAGUGCCCUGGAGGAGGACGAUGAAGACGACGAUGAGGAUGGGGAGCCCCCCUAUGAGCCCGAGUCGGGGUGCAUGGAGAUCCCGGGGCUGUCGGAGGAAGAGGACCCGGUUCCCAGCCGGAAGAUCCAUUUCAGCACGGCGCCCAUCCAAGUGUUCAGCACCUACUCCAACGAGGACUACGAUCGUCGCAACGAGGACGUGGACCCCAUGGCGGCCUCAGCGGAGUAUGAGCUGGAGAAGCGGGUGGAGCGGUUGGAGCUGUUCCCUGUGGAGCUGGAGAAGGACUCCGAGGGCCUGGGCAUCAGCAUCAUCGGCAUGGGGGCCGGGGCAGACAUGGGCCUGGAGAAGCUGGGCAUCUUCGUCAAGACUGUGACUGAGGGCGGUGCAGCCCACCGGGAUGGCAGGAUCCAGGUGAACGACCUCCUGGUGGAGGUGGACGGAACCAGUCUGGUGGGAGUGACCCAGAGCUUUGCAGCCUCCGUGCUCCGGAACACCAAGGGCCGCGUGCGGUUUAUGAUUGGCCGGGAGCGGCCCGGUGAGCAGAGCGAGGUGGCUCAGCUAAUUCAGCAGACCCUGGAACAGGAGCGAUGGCAGCGAGAGAUGAUGGAGCAGAGAUACGCCCAGUAUGGGGAGGACGAUGAGGAGACCGGAGAGUACGCCACCGACGAGGAGGAGGAGCUGAGCCCCACGUUCCCAGGCGGCGAGAUGGCCAUCGAGGUGUUCGAGUUGGCAGAGAACGAGGAUGCCUUGUCCCCUGUGGACAUGGAGCCCGAGAAGCUGGUGCACAAGUUCAAGGAGCUCCAGAUCAAGCAUGCUGUGACUGAGGCAGAGAUCCAGCAGCUGAAAAGAAAGCUGCAGAGCCUGGAGCAGGAGAAGGGGCGGUGGCGGGUGGAGAAGGCCCAGCUGGAGCAGAGUGUGGAAGAGAACAAGGAGCGCAUGGAGAAGCUGGAGGGCUACUGGGGUGAGGCCCAGAGUCUGUGCCAAGCUGUGGAUGAGCACCUGCGGGAGACCCAGGCCCAGUACCAGGCCCUGGAGCGCAAGUACAGCAAGGCCAAGCGCCUCAUCAAGGACUACCAGCAGAAGGAGAUCGAGUUCCUGAAAAAGGAGACGGCACAGCGCCGGGUUCUGGAGGAGUCGGAGCUGGCCAGGAAGGAGGAGAUGGACAAGCUCCUGGACAAGAUCUCAGAACUGGAAGGAAACCUGCAAACACUGAGGAAUUCCAAUUCUACUUAGCAGGAAUCUUUCCUUGACCAGACAAUAACUAACCCCUCCCACUGUCCUCCCUCCCGUCCUCAAUAUUUCACCCCACCCCCUACCAGCCUGGGGACAGGUGCCCCGACUCCCCCACCCCUCUGCCCCACCUCCCCCAGCUUCAGGGACCAGAGGGCCCAUAUCACAGGCCCCAUUAUGGUGGCCCCGGGCAGACAGGUGGCUGGAAGGAUGGCCUUCUUACUUCAUGGGGCUGAGGCACAGAGGCCGAGGGAUGCUGAGGGCUGGCCUGGGUGGUGGAUGGACACAAGGAUCUGCAGACCAAACUGCCAGACUUUACAACCUCCAGCCUUUGUCUCUGGACUGGAAUGGGGCUGAGGGCUCUCCCAGCAUUUCACCACCUGGAGGCUGCUCCCUGCCCACAGGCUCCUUGACUUGAGAUUCUACCUUUUUGGCCCCUCCCCUCCCCCAUCAUUGUGCUGUCUCUGUUUCAUUCUGAUCCUCCUGGAAGGGGUUGCCUCCACACCUUCUCCCAUUCCUGUUUCCCCUCCCAGGAGGGAUUGAGUCCACCCCAGAGCCUGGAGGCUGGGCCUGGCCCUGCACUGAUGUCUCAUGUAUCCUUCAGGAAAAGGGGAGUAAGAGUAGGGAGAGGGGGGCAGAAGCCCUCAGUUUCUCCUUGUGCCUCCCACCUGCCCUUCCCUGGUGCCAAAUAGCCAUAACCUCUUCCUGGAACUGUUCUGUGGCCUCUCGGGUCGUUUCCUGUCCAACCCUGGGAAUUCUGGGAUGAGAGGAAAUCAGCUUUUAGGGGGCUGGCUGCAGAGACCUGGUCUUAGGCAAGAGAAGCAUUUCUUACUGAGAGCCAGGCCCUGCCCUGCCCAGGGCCACACAUGGAAGCCUUGUACUAACACCAGAGAUUCAGCCUCACCCACCCACACCCACACCCACACCCACACCCUUCCAAUGUUUUGACUGGAGGGCAACAUUUUACUAAACUUUUUGGAGACCAGGGCUGCCCUGCUGACAGCCUGCUUUCUAAGUGAAAUUGACUUGUUUCCUCACUUUAACCCCAAAUUGGGGCUUGGACCAAGGGAGGUGAGGACCCUCUCAGGUCCCCCUCCCCUUUCAGAAUCCAUCUCUCAUUUUACCCCUCCCUAAUGCCCCUGCCCCAGCCUGGGUUUUUGGCUUCUCCUCAUCCCCUAUAAAUAGACCAUGCCAUCUAUCAGUAUUUCUUCCCUCUCCCCUCCCUGUCUCCAGACGUUUCCCUACCCCUGAAAGAGCUGGCUGUCUCAGUGGCCUGGCCCAUGCACUUCACCUAUGCCCUCGCAGACGGAGGGGGCGGGGCCAGGCAGGUGGGGCCGCAGGCGCUUCUGGUUGCUCUGGCCAGUGUCGGUCCCCAUCCCGCCCUCUGCAGGACUGCGUCUCUGUAUAUAAUAUAUAUAUGUAUGUAUUGUUUCCGGUUUUGUACGGACCAUGCCCUCUGUCAGGUCGUCCCCAUAAACGCAGCCCCCAGA